UGUCAGAGAGCCAAUCAGCUCCCGGGUGGGAGCGCGGAUAUUUGAAAACAGAGAUGGCGGCGGUGCGAGCCGUGCUUCGGCGUUGUGAUCCGGCCCUGCUGGAGCCCCGCGGAGAGCCGGAGCCGGACUGCGACCAGGCGGCGCGGAUGGUGCUCUUCCUUACGGACCGCCGUCGCAUGCAGAAGGUUCUGUGGCGUCAGCUGUUUGUCCUCGACUCCAUGAUGUCACUGCUGGAAGGACUGGAGUCUGCCCAGCAACUGAUGGCACAGUGCUGCCCCCCCCAACCAGGGGGUGGGGCUCGGGGCAGGUGGAAGGCCCUGAAGGUGGAGAGCAGGUCAGGGGUGGAGGUGACCGAGGCGCUGCUCAGAUCUCUGCAGGACAGAAUCCAACAGAUCCACGACAGACGACACACACUCACACAGCUGGUUCAGCAUCUGCAUAGCAAGAGGCAGCAGAGUGAGCAGCUGGAGUCGUCUCUGCUGAACGCCCAGAAUGCUUUGCAGUCAUGUGACCUUCAGCUGGCCCAGUUGAGGGCGGAGUCAGAGGUGAUGCUCGGUCACCUGAUCGAGUGGCAGCGACUUAGAGACGAGCUGCAGGUGCACGUCAGCACCACGCAGGACGUCAUGCAGAUCAACCUGCUCGCCUUCAACCAAUCAGAGCUGUGUGUGGAGCUCAGGCCACACACCUCUUCUGACUUGUUGUCCAAUGAACUGGAGCCGCUGAGGCUGUCAGUCACCUGGAGUCAUGACGACCGCUUCAGACUGCAGGUGAGCGAGGGGACGGCGGGCCUCGCGGAGGACAGCCUGACGGGCCGACGGGUGGAGCUGAGCGCCGCCCUGCUGGAGGUGAUGCGGUGUUAUGUUGGGCAGGCCGAGCUGUUGUCUGAGAUCCAGAGCCUGCGGUCCAGCUUCGCCGUUGACUGGCACCCCGCCCAGCGCCUCCUCAUCUACCUGAAGACGGCAUCGCUGGUGUGUCAUCUGGAGGUGGAGGAGGGAUACCCGCGCGUGGGGCGGGCGCGCCUGCUGUCCGUUCGGCGGGACGGGCAACAUGUGGACACAUCUGGGCUGAAGCAGUCCUCUCCUCUGAACGACGUCUUCCUCCUGCACCGUUUCCUGUCUUCUCUCACACAUCCACCGGGGGUCGCUCUCUCACCUGCACAUGUGUCACCUGCCCUGAAGUGUUUUUGUCUGUGAUCACAUGACAUGAAAAUAAACCUCUGCCUGCAGGACAAACUGGGUGUGUGAAACAUGAAGUUUGUCUCUGAUAAAUAGAGAAGUUUAUAGAAUUUACAGAAGCAUCAGUUUCACACAGAAGAAGCAGAAACUUCAUUUUUAAACUAAUAAAAUGCACUCUAACAAA